AUGAUCUCGAGACUGACGCGAUUAGCGGGGUCGGCCAACGCACUGCUGGUGCGACAGCCUGCGGGGGUUAGUUCUGGAAGUUUGUUAAAGGCCCAAAAAUUCGCAUUUUCGUCGAGUCCAGCGUCGCUGUUCACCAGAUCAGCUGGUGUUCAGAAUGGUCUUGGAACUAGUACUAGGACGAGUGCCGGCUCGAAUGUUAGCUGGCCGGAAUCACAACAGCAUGAGAAUCAGCAGGAAACGACUGAAGAGCUCGAACAAUUUACACAACAGACAGGCGGAAUCGAGACUGGCAUCUCGCCUCUAGUGCUGUCGUCAGAAGCGCUUGUGAAAAGACGAUUCAGAUACACCAAGCCAGCAGAUAUCACGCCGUUGAAAGAGGCCUCAGCUUUAUAUGCCACAAUUCACAUGUACGACCGGAAAUUUCUGGUCACUGAAGGCGAUAAUAUCCUACUCCCAGUAUCACUGAGCGAGGCCAAAGUGGGCGACGUGCUGAAUUUCGACCAGGUCUCGGUUAUUGGCUCUCGCGACUACACAUUGACCGGCAACCCACGCAUCGAUUCGAAUGUCUUCUCAAUCAAAGGUGUUGUUGUCGAGAGCACCCGGGUCAAGCGCUCGGUGUUCAGCAAAUCCAAACGACGCAGAAGGCAUGUCCGCCACGUGGUCGCCAAAAAUGCGCUCACUGUCAUCCGCAUCUCUGAGCUCCGGGUCAACCAGGACUACGGCUCAACUAAAGGUUAA